UUCCGGCUGUUUGUUCGGGAAGUGGAUCCGCCGCUGCCGAAGCAGCCCAGAGGGAGCUGCGGAUCGCGAGGCCAGCACCGACCCCGCCCGCCCGCGCGCGCCUCCCCCGCCCGCCAUGGCCCGGGACUACGACCACCUCUUCAAGCUGCUCAUCAUCGGCGACAGCGGUGUGGGCAAGAGCAGUUUACUGUUACGUUUUGCCGACAACACUUUCUCAGGCAGCUACAUCACCACAAUCGGAGUGGAUUUCAAGAUUCGGACCGUGGAGAUCAACGGGGAGAAAGUGAAGCUGCAGAUCUGGGACACGGCCGGGCAGGAGCGCUUCCGCACCAUCACCUCCACGUAUUAUCGGGGGACCCACGGGGUCAUCGUGGUUUAUGACGUCACCAGUGCAGAGUCCUUUGUCAACGUUAAGCGGUGGCUUCAUGAAAUCAACCAAAACUGUGAUGAUGUGUGCCGAAUAUUAGUGGGGAAUAAGAAUGACGACCCUGAGCGGAAGGUGGUGGAAACAGAAGAUGCCUACAAAUUCGCAGGGCAGAUGGGGAUCCAGUUGUUUGAGACCAGCGCCAAGGAGAAUGUCAAUGUGGAAGAGAUGUUCAACUGCAUCACAGAGCUGGUCCUCCGAGCAAAGAAGGACAACUUAGCCAAGCAGCAGCAGCAGCAACAGAACGACGUGGUGAAGCUCACGAAGAACAGUAAACGGAAGAAGCGCUGCUGCUAGGCACCCCCCCUGCCCCCGGCCCCCCGGCCCCCCGCAGAGACUGCGCUGUGCCUGCUCCCCGCCCGCUGCUCGCGGGGCUCCUCGGGGACAGUCGCAUCUUCGUGCCGUUAUUUAAAGAAUUCUCUCCCCGUUUUUGUAUUGGGAGGCGCCGUCGGCACUUCCUCCCCUCCCCCCUUGAGUGCCAAGAAGGUGUCGGACAA